AUGUCUCGGAUAACGCGAAGCAAGAAAGCUCUCCCUUCAGAAACCAGCACUUCAGGUUCUGCCAAUGAAGGCAAGACAUCCAAUUUGACGCCUUCUCCGCAGCCGCCCGCGAGUUCUUGGGAUGUCACGGGUAGCUACCGUGUGGAAUUCUUUUGGCCUGAAGUUGAUUCAUCCAGCUACUCCCUGUACAUUCACCCCGCAUCUGACAGCCACGAUGAUUGUGAAUACUACGCCGCUUUUCAAUUCGACAAGCUUGAAGGCAUCAUGCGACUUUGUCCUCAACCCGAACAAUCAGAUGGCAAUCACCCAAGUAACGAUUUAGAAUUUAACGAGUUCGAAGAGGCCUGCCGUCUGGUGGACAACACCACUGCACCGAGCCCAGACUGUAGGCACUGGCUCAUGCAAUGGAGGGGUGCAGAUGGGGGUUUAAGGCUAGGGAAAAAGGUCGGUGGAGAGGGAAAUUGGGUUCAUCACUGGAAGGACGAUAUCGAUGAUUCCCCAAAUUCAGGCGAGUUUCAAGGCAUCCGCAUCCGUUUCUACUUUGCCUUUGACGGCAGAGCUUUUGGGAUCAACGCUAAGAAAAUCGCGAGUCUCCCAACGAGUGAGAAUACCAUGCUACCCUCGAAGCUAAGGGAAGACUGGAAAGACCGAUGGAAUUCUGACUGGAACCUGGAUUCGGUCUCGGAAUCAAAUGCAGAAUCGGAUACAGAACCCGCCUUUGAUUUGAAGGACUUGGCGAGGACUCUAGACGAUCUCAGAAACGACUUUCGAAGCAAUUUUGGGCUGAAUUCGGCUUUGGGGGGGGAGAUUGUUGGUACCAUGAGGCUAUUUCCCAUACCUAGAUUCGGAACACCCAUCCACACGGCGAAAGAGCUCGAAGAGGCCUGUGUCUUGAGAUCUGGGUGCUGGCCGGGGCCGGGAGCGGAGGCGGAGGCGGAGGAGGCGAAACCUCAAGGAUGCAAUAGCUGGUGUGCCAAAUGGCGGGGAGAAAAACAAGGAAGAGUAGAGGUUCAGGAUGAGGACAAUGACUGCGACUUCGACUUCAAAAGAGAUAGCAGCGGAAAGUUAACUGCUUCCGGGCUUUUCAUGAACGGUCUCCAACCAAUCAUUUUCGAGGCUGAAAAGAUCAGGGAUCUCCCUCCAUCCAGCGGAAGAGAGCCUACUGUCUCAGCAGCUUGGAGUCUCUGGAAACUGGAAGGAGACACAUCUUCGUCUUUGGAGUCAGAUUGGGAGAUACUAUGGAAUACAGCUUGGGUAGAUUAUUCAGAGUCGGAGGGUUCGGAUCAUUUGGACAGCUCUGAUAACGUUGAACGACAACCAGCUUACAAAAAGCCCUACACGAGGAGAGCAUACGCUGUUCCGGAGCUUUUGCAACAUUUAGAAAGCUCUGACGACGACGGACCACGAAUAGGAUCUAGCUUCCGAAAUAUCACAAAUACUAACGUACGGAAGACAUACACUGUCUCCGAUCCUUCGCAACAACAUCGAUCGGGUGGCCAGGAUCGCGGAAGCUUGUCUAACGUUGGAAAAGAUCAAGCCCAAUCCGGCCCUAAAAGCAAGCCCCAGAAGCAGUCGAGAGAAAGAGAAGAGAAGUCUGCCGCAGAAAGAGGCCACAAUGCCCUCAAGACGCUUUCGCGGCGGAAAGCCAUUCGAGAGAGUGCCACGGACGGAGCUCCGUCAGGAGGAACGUCCGCAGAAACACCCAAACUCCCUUCUGCAAUAAUAGCCUUAGCCCCCGAAGGCCAAGCGCUUCCUAUGGACAGUCCGAUUUUGGGAAUCCUCCUCAACGAUGCCCUUUCAGAAUAUAGCAAGCCCGUCAGACUUAUCGAAGAACAGCCAGCUUGGGCUUGGGAUGUGACUGGAUAUUGGAACGAUCUCAAUGCCUCUACCAUCAGUCGUGGGAGUGGGGAAGCAUCCAUUCGCGUGAUAUCGGUCCACAUGGUCAUCUGGAUGUCUAACAACGCAAGGCAUUCAAAGGUCGGUCGUCAAUACCAUGCAAAGUUGGAAAUUCCUGGUCUUCUGGACGCCACUGUGCGGUUCUGCCCGCAACCUGGACCACACCCACAAGGUCGAAAGACGUGGCAUCUGAGGUGGAGAGGCAUUGGGCAUGCUGGUGAACAGGAAGAUGGGAGUGACGAAAUUCAGACCGAAGUUACAUUCGAGCAGAAUGGAAAAUUGACACUGAAGGGUACUUUCAUAUAUGAUGAUCAAGAGAUAAGCUUGCUCUUUACGAAAAGACGGGAUAUUCACCCGCCGAAGGGUAACGGAGCCACGAUCAACAGUCUUUGA